AUGCUAAUUUUGCAGUGCCCUCUGUUGCAGCCUGAGGGCACCAGAGGACCACCACCACCCCAACUCACCAACCCACUCUCACAUCAAAACCACACCCUCAACUAUCACUCAAAACCACCACCCCAAAACCCCCACCCCCAACCUCCUACCACACCAACAACCCACCCCCCCACAAACACACGGCACACCCCCCAUCUCACACCACCCACACUCACCAACCCACUCACACGCCAACCACACACCCCAAUCCACCCAACACCCCCCAAAACCCACCCACUCCCCCCACCACACCAUAACCCACACACACUAACCACCCCGCUAACCCCCAUACCCACAAAAAAACCCCCCACACCCCUCACCUCAUACACUGUCACCCCAUACACCAACCCCCACCCCACACCACAACCACCCAAAAAACACAGCAACUCCGCCCCAACAACCCAACAACUACCACACACCACACUACCCCCCACCCCCAACACCCACAACCCACCCCCACAUACCCCCACACCCCCCACCCAUUCCGCCCCACCAAAAUAA